AUGUCUGACGAUGAAGAAGGUAUGGAAGAGGAGGGAGGACCGUACCUCGGGGCAAGAAUAAUAUAUUUUAAAAGAAACACGAGCAGGAAUACGAGGGCGGCAGAAAUGAGAGAAAUGAACGACACGGUGAUGGCAAAGCAAUACUGCCAAACCACGAUACGUAUGAAGGACACUAUUGCAAUGGUCUAAGAAACGGUAAAGGAUUCUAUAAGUAAGUCCGGUUGUUUUAUAAACGGAAAAAGAUUUAAAAAUGGUGCGAGAUACUUCGGGUUUUAUCUCGAUAAUCGCAAACACGGCCCAGGUGACUUUUAUUAUUUGGAUGGUUCGGUCUACAAAGGUAGUUGUCAUUUUAAUGAUUCACCGUCAAGGAAAUUGGGCUGACGACAAGAGGAACGGCAUGGGAACCUACUAUUACAUAAACGGCGAUGUGUACGAGGGUGAAUGGCGAAACCAUUUGCGACACGGGCAGGGGAAAUACACAUUUGCAGCCACUGGACUGGUCUAUUCUGGACUCUGGAAGGAGGGGAAAAUGGAUGGUUGGGGCGAAUUAAUACACGAAAAAUAUAGAUUCGUUGGCAUUUGGAAGAAUGGAAAAGUAAGUUUAUCACAUAAUGUUGUGUGCAUUUUCCGAUAUGCACGUUAUAAACGUUUUGCACAUGUCGUAUAGAAAAUUGGAAUUUUGACUAUGUACGAAAGCACUGUAGAGACGACAUUAUUUUCAAAGCCGUUAUUCCUGGAUCGUUGAAGAAACCGUUCGAUUUAAGUCAAAUCUUAAAAGUUGUAAAUUAGUGUCGCAAGCUGAAGUGCGGCGACGAUGUUUUGAUCGAGGCCAUAUCAUUAAUCGCUAAACGCCAGCACCUGCAUCUCUGGACCCCAAUGCAGUAAGUAAAGUACACUGCAUUAAGGCCGUGAGCCAAUAGCGAAUGUUGUUAUCCUGACGCAGUCAACAAUAUAGUUACUUUGCGAAAUCUUAUUAUUUUAAUAAUUGUACCAUUGUCGACCAUCGUGGAAGCUUCUGCUUUUCCCGUGUUUGUUCAUUAUGUUUGUAUGCACGUUAAAUCAUCCUAUAAAGUUGUUUAUGAAUCUAAUAUAUCCGUUCUACAGCUCCUCGGAAAGGGCAAAUAUAUUUUUGACAAACUCAACUGCCAGCAAAUUGGCGAAUACGUUUUAACCCCUGCGGUGAGUUUUAACGUACCAUCUCAAGUAAUUUUUAUAUAUUUUGAACGGCAAUGUCUGUCAUGUUUACCUAUAGCGUUUAAGAGACAUUUGCGACGAAAACUCGAAGUCAGUGGAUAUUGAGCAAACUGAUCUAAUCUUUCAGUUUUAGUCUGCAAAUUAAUAAAUUUAGUAGUAAAUGACAACGUAUUAUUGAGAAACAGGUCUGUCAUCAAAAUAACGAAGGCUUUACUGCGUCUAACCAUUGAGGAAUAAGAACGAGUACGAUAAUCGUCAACCGUAUUUAAAAAUCUCAAGUUUUGGCCGUGAGAAACAGGGUCAGUACGUUAUUAAAAAGCGAGAAAGAUGAAGACUGGCAAGACAUAUCGCUAGAAGUAAGAAAAGUUACCGGAGCCAGGAAGGUCUAUGUAUUUUCAUCUGGAAACUCAUUUUUCAAGGUAGCUAAACGUUGGACGAAUCGUUUGAAAGAAGCGGUGAAAUACGCAAACACAUACAUUGUCUCACUAAUCAAAAGUGCCCUAAUUACAUAUAAAGCGACCUCUUUCAAAAAUGAACGCAAUGAUCUAUGAAGUCGGCCUAUGAAUCAUUGCAGAUAUGUUGUUUUUAGAAUGACCGGACACGCUGUCGUCCGCAUACAUAACCACCUAGUGGCCACUCUGAACCUUAAUUUACUCAGUCCGGAGUAACGUGUAAGAUGGUAAACAAGUAAUUACAAAACGCAUGUGUGAAAAAACAUACUGACUAUCCUUUAAUCACUAAAUGAGUAAGCCAAGUUCCGAAACAGGCGUAACCUCCAAAUCAGCGAGCCCUUCGGCAGGGUAGCCUGAGCCAAUGACGAAAUUUUAAUUCGUUUUCGGUCCGCUGUUAAAAACCGCAGGCAUUUCUGAAAGAAGACGCGUGCGUAUCCACAACGACAACGACCUAAGGUUUCCAUCAGUAGAUGCACAUCAGGCCCUGUUAGGAUUGUCAAUGUAGAAACAAGUUCGGGUUGCUGAGGAAAAGUUGAGUAGCAGGCAUGCAGUCAGAAUCUUCUCGAGAAAAACUGCCGACCUCCUUAGUAUGGAAUGGGUCAUGCGCAUGACGCGGCGAUUGACAUUGCCACUUAGGGCCCCUUGAGCAUUUUUAGAUCGAGUAGUAUCGAAACUGCUUAGUUGCUAGAUUAGUAGAAUUUACUUUUUGUGCUGUAAUAAAGUACGCUUUGUAUUUGUAUUUUAUCUAGGCACCGGAAGAGAAACGACCUGAUGAUGAAGGUGACAAUAUUACAAUUUCUCGAUGGAAGGGUCAGAGUAUUGAAAAAAUAACGGAAGAUGACGUGAAACCUAAAAUGCUCACUGAGGCCGAUAUUACGCUUGGUAGGUAAAAGUGUCAGUCACAUAAAUCCUACAAGAGCAAAAUAGUGCUCUGCAUGACAUCAACCCCGUUGUGGAUAUCUUUGUCAUCAUAUUUUGCGGACAAUUUUUAAGACGUAUUUGGAGAUAGAAAGCGUCAAUGCUGCUUUCAUACUGAGUUAAUAGUGAAGUGUCUACUACAUAAUGAUAGGUUUAUGAUUGUGAGUUUAGCAAACACGAUACGAAAAAUUUGACUGGUCUGAAGAAAAUCAAAAUGCGCUUGCUUAUUUUGCGCCAAAACUUUAUCGCGUAAGCUUUUUUAAAUCCGAGAGUUCUCACGUUCCUUUUCCGUCUUCGAUACUCCGUGACAGGGGAGGCUUCCACUGCAGCUAAGUAAUGUUGAACUACCGCGUAAGAUCUAGUUCGUUUAUUGUUCUUUGUUCUUACAACUGUUUCGCGUUUAUUUCAGCAACUAGCUUAACCACAUUGUGUAAAUCAUUUCAGAACAAACUAACGAUGAUGAUGAUAACACUGAACAACAAGCCACAGAACCUGAAUCAAGAUUAGCUGACCCUAUACCCAGUAGCACCAUUCCCGAUGAUAUUAUCGAUUCACAACCAGACGCCGUAGAACCAGCAGAGGAUGAAACUUUCGGUGAUGUUUCAAAACCGUCUCCUGUCGUUUCCGCAAGAGAAGAUGAUGAGGAGCCGGCUGAUUCGCAGGAUGUGGAGGAAAGUUGA